CAUUUCCGACGCUUAGUCUUGUAACUGAAGUGCCCGUCGCGAUAUCAGCGCGCGGCAUUGUCUGGUCUGUGGUUUGUGUUUGUGAAGUGGGGAGAGCUCAAAAGCGUUAUUUAAUAAUAUUCACGUUAAAGGAGAAAGAAAGUGGUCGUCGCAGUUCGUGGUUAGUAGACGGAUCGUGAUCGUGAUAAUCAACUAUUUAAGCGGACGAAAGAGUGUGAUUGCAUGUGCGCGCAUGUGUUUUAUGUGGAGUGUGGUUACAACGUGAGACGACAACAAUGUGCUCGUUGCAUAGACUGGCUUAACAAUUUUUUUUUCAAAUAUAAAAUUUUUCAACAAAAAUUUAAAUUCUAAAUUUCAACUCAACAAAAUUUCGUCCUGUUAACGAAAAUCUUACCACCAUCCCGAGCAAACAUAAUUUUCCUUUGGCAUAUUUUUUCAUAUUUGGCGUGUCUCCUUUCCUUGCACUCUCACUCUCUCUCUCAUUCCCACAAAAAGCCCAAAGUAAACUCAAUUUAGGCACACCACAAAAAUGAUUAAAGACACACGAUGGAAUUCCCGGCUGAUAUUGCUGUUCGCUGCAACGGCAUUGCUCGUAAUUUCAACACCUCCAUCCGAUGCAUCAACUUUCGAUGUGAGAGGCAUGGUACCGGUUGCCGAUAGAAAUAUACGAACCGGAAAUAAAAUGCUCAUUGAAAGGGAAAUAACUGCAAAGGAUAAACAUGAGGAGAACAUGCGAGAACAGGGACGACAGGGCGACGAUACUACAGCGACCGAAGAUGAUGGUGUUCUGGAUGUGAACGAGUUACCGGUCCGCUAUGAUGAGGCCCAGUUAUGGCGUAUCUAUAAUAUAUCCGAAUCGAUGAGUCGUCGUCGCAAUAUGAUGCCAUUGGCAGAUAUUCUGGAGAGCAAAUAUGGUGGCACCGUAUGGAAGGAAAACUCAAAAUUCUUAGAUGUCUCCAUAGAGAAGAAUCACAUUAAGGCAGCUCGUGCAUUUUUGGAAAAUCAAAAUCUUAUGUCAGAAGUAUUGAAUAGUAAUAUCCAGGAGUUGAUUGACCAAGAAUCUGCCAUUGGUGUUAAUAUGACACAGAGUGAAAUGGGCCAACGGACAAAAAAAUCCGCUCGCAGUGGCAUUCACUGGAAGGACUAUCAUGAUUUGGAUACCAUUUAUGCAUUCAUGCGUGAAAUACGUGGAAAGUUUCCCAAUAUUUGUCGUCUCUAUACAAUUGGCAAGACAGCCGAAGGCAGAGAUUUGAAGGUUUUGAGAAUAUCUGAAAAUCCCAAAGAAUACAAGAAAAUAUGGAUUGAUGGUGGCAUUCAUGCCCGCGAAUGGAUUAGCCCGGCCACUGUGACAUUUAUUCUCUAUCAGCUGAUGUCCAAAUGGCAGGAUCAUCCAGAAUAUAUACGCCAAAAGACUUGGUAUGUCAUGCCCGUUAUGAAUCCCGAUGGUUAUGUCUAUAGCCGUAAAGUGAAUCGGUUGUGGCGUAAAAAUCGUGCCCCCGCAAAACGUUCCCAAUGUUUGGGUGUGGAUUUGAAUCGUAACUUUGAUAUUGGCUGGAGUGGUUAUGGCUCGUCGACAAAUCCCUGCAGUGACACGUAUCGCGGUGAAUCUCCCAAUUCUGAGUUGGAAACCGAUGCUGUUGUCAAAUUUUUGAGUAAACGAAAAUAUAAUUUGGAAUCAUAUCUGACAUUCCAUAGCUAUGGUCAAAUGGUUGUCUAUCCAUGGGCCUAUAAAGCGGUAAAGGUGAAAGAUGCAGGCGUCUUGCAGCGUGUUGCCAAUACGGCGGUGCAAAGGAUUGAAAAGAAAACUGGACAAAUUUAUCGUGCCUCGGUGACACAUGAGGUGUUGGGUAUUGCCGGUGGUGGUUCGGAUGAUUGGAGUCGUGCUGCGCUGGGUACCAAAUAUGUUUACACCAUUGAAUUGAGAGAUCGCGGACAAUUUGGUUUUGUGUUACCACCUUCACAGAUUUUGGAGACGGCCAUUGAAGGUUACACCGUUGUGGACACUGUGGCCCAGGCUAUUCAAUAAUGAUUUAUGUUCUAACUAUAACUAUAGAAUAAAUAUAUUUAUAUAAAACAUUACAUUUAAUUAAAUGCCAGUGUACUUUUAAAAACCACCUCCCCAUCGUUUAGCUCCUGUCCUGCAGGGCGAUAAAUACAAUUUUGCGUUUCAGCAAAAGAAAAGGAAAUAAAAACC